AGGCGACCAGCCCACGCCCCAGCUGCUCCCCUUCUCCUCUGAAUUUACUGUCCCUUCUCUGGAACUCCUAAGCCUGACCCCACUCCCUGGCCCUCCCAGCCCACGGUUCCCCUGACCCCGACUCCCUUUCCCAGAACUCAGUCGUCUGAGCCCCCAGCCUGCGGUUCUCUCCUAGGCCUCAGCCUUUCCUGCCUUCGACUGAAACAGCAGCAUCUUCUAAGCCCUGGGGGCUUCCCCGGGCCCCAUCCCCGGCCUAGAACCCGCCCGCCGCCUGCCACGCUGCCACUGCCGCUUCCUCUAUAAAGGGACCCAGGCGUCCGGGCCAAGAGGCCCCACACAGCAGGUUCUCCCCAUGACACCACUUGGACGUCUCUACCUCCUGAGGGUGUGCAGCACCCCCCUCCUCCUCCUCCUUCUAGGGCUGCUGCUGGCCCUGCCACCUGAGGCCCAGGGACUCCCACCCUCAGCUGCACGGACUACCCAUCAGCAACCCCCGAAGCAUUUCGCCCAAGGCACCCUCAAACCUGCUGCUCACCUUGUUGGAGACCCGAGCACCCAGGACUUGCUUCGCUGGAAGGCAAACACAGAUCGUGCCUUCCUCCGCCAUGGCUUCUCUUUGAGCAACAAUUCCCUCCUGGUCCCCACCAGUGGCCUCUACUUCGUCUACUCCCAGGUGGUCUUCUCUGGAGAAGGCUGCUUCCCCAAGGCCACCCCCACCCCUCUCUAUCUGGCCCACGAGGUCCAGCUCUUCUCCUCCCAGUACCCCUUCCAUGUGCCUCUCCUCAGUGCUCAGAAGUCCGUGUGCCCGGGGCCGCAGGGACCUUGGGUGCGCUCGGUGUACCAGGGGGCUGUGUUCCUGCUCACCCGGGGAGACCAGCUAUCCACUCACACAGACGGCAUCUCCCACCUGCUCCUCAGCCCCAGUAGCGUAUUCUUUGGAGCCUUUGCUCUGUAGAAAAAUCUGGAAAGAAGAAAAUUGGUUUCAAGGCCUUCUCCCCAUUUGCCUCCAUUCUGACCACUUCAGGGGUCACCAUGCCUCUCCUCUGACCAUUCCAACAAUCUCAAGUCUUCCCCUCUCUCUCAGCACCUGGAGGUUCCAAAGAAGGA